AUGACAAGAUCUGAAUUAUACGUCGCUUGUAGUCGUGCGACAAAAUCAAUUGGUUUGUAUUUAAAUGGCGAUUUUGUUCCACCGAAAUCACCUGAACCUAAAGAUGCAGUAGCGAUGAUGUUUAAAAAUAUGAGAUCUGAACGAAUGCUCAAAUUUUCACUUGAACUUCCUGAAGAAUCUCAAGAAGAAAGAUUUUUCGUGAUGUUUCAUAAUGUACAAUCGUUGAAUAAACAUAUUUUCGAUGUCAGAUCUGAUAAAACAUUUUUGUCUGCUUCUAUGAUAAGUCUUGUUGAAACAUGGACAAAACCAAGUGACUGUUUGGAGAUUGAAGGUUUCAAAAUAAUUUACAGACGUGAUUGUAAUGAUGUACGAAAACCAUUCGGUCAAAUUACUUAUUUGAAAAAUGAUUUAACAUAUGAAAAUAUCACCGAAAAAUAUGAAUAUUCAGGCAAAAAACCAUAUUGA